ACACGUACGUCUAAAACCAGACAUUGGUGGUCGUUCUAUGGCAGCGAGGGCAAAAGCAGCGGCUCUGGUGUCGCGCGCGCUGCGCCUGCGGUUCUCCGCAUGUCUCGGCGGCUCAAUCCUGCUCCUGACGUUUCUGCACUUCUUCUUUUGCGGAUCUUACAACUAUCCACAUAUCCCACGUGCCUUUGUGCUAGACGACUUAUAUAAGAAGGUGAAUCCUCAACUAGAGCUGUCCAAGUCAAAGCCACAGUGUGACUACAGCCGCGUGUUGGCGAGCCGGAAGAGCAUCAACAGCUGGGAGGUGUCUACGUUUCAAAACUAUAACGACCUGCCCCUAGACGGGUUAGUGAACGGUAGUUUCGCCCCAGCGCAGUGCAACCCGCUCGUGAGCGUGGCGGUCAUUGUCGCGCAUCGCAGUCGCGAGGAGCAGCGCAACAUCUUCUUGCCUUACAUGCACAAUUUUUUGCGUAAGCAAAACAUUCAUUACAAAAUAUACAUAGUCGAGCAAGAGGACGAGAAGCCGUUCAACAGGGCUUUGUUGCAUAACAUGGGCGCACUGCAGGCCAUGGCCGACGGGUUCCCGUGCUUGGUGUUGCACGACGUGGAUUUGCUGCCGCUUGACGCCGCCAACCUAUACGCCUGCCUCAGCCAACCACGGCACAUGAGCGCCAGGCUCGACAAGUUCCGCUUCGUGCUCACUUACGACACCCUGGUCGGCGGAGUGCUCGCCGUGCGCACCGACCACUACGAUCAGCUCAACGGCUUCUCCAACCGUUUCGAGGGCUGGGGCGGCGAAGACGACGAUUUCUAUAAUAAGAUCAAAGAUAACGGCCUACACGUACUCAGAUUGGAACCGGAACUGUCGCGCUACGCCAUGCUCGCGCAUGCUCCCGAGGCGCCGAACGCGGCGCGGGCCCGCGUGCUGAGCGAGAACCGGCGCCGGGCGGGCCUCGGCGGCCUAGGCGGCCUCGUGGGCCUCGGCGGUCUUGGCGGUCUCGGCGGCCUCCGCGGCCUCCGCCGACUCCGCGGCCUCGGCGGGCUCGGCGGCCCCGACGGCCUCGACGGCCCCGACGGCCUCGACGAGUUGCGGCGGCGCGCGCCCCCGCGCCUGCGCGCCUACCGCCUCUUCACGCUGGUGGGCGUUCGCUCGUAGGAGGGAAACGGCGUGGUGGACGGAAUAAAAGAAUAUUCUUUUUAAUACACCUUCGUUAUAUUUUUUAUAAGUAGAGUUUGCUGCCAAAGUUACAUAAAUCGCGAAAAGU